AUGUACCCAGAAGUACCACAUGGGGCUUUCACUUUCCAUUUGCUCAAAAACAUGAAAAGAAAUUUCAAGAAGAACUCAAAAAAGUUCAAGGAUACAUUUUUUGUAGCUGCAAAUGCGUACACUGUGAAAAAGUUUGAGUACAAGAUGAGAGAACUUGAUAAGAUUGACAAAAGGCUACGACCUUACCUAAAACAGAUUGGGUAUCAAAUGGAUCAACUUAUUUGUGCCCACGCAAUUGCUAUUUUUAAAGAAAUAAAUCAAGAUCCUUAUCAAUAUUGUUCUCAAUAUUACACCAAGGAAGCCAUGGUCGCAACUUACAAAGAAAUUAUAUACCCUCUUGGCAAUGAAGACACUUGGCAAAUACCUAAACAUAUCAAAGUUGUGAAAAUACACCCUCCAGAAGGAAAAAUAAGAGUAGGUAGACCAAAGAAAAGAAGAUGUAAAGCUGUAUGGGAGAAAAACAAAAAAUCAAAACAAAUGCGGGAAUUGCGGUCAAACUGGACAUAA